AUGGAGAGAAAUUUGUGUCGUCACGUUGAUGCCUGUGAUUUGCUUCUCAAACGUCACGAAAAUGAUCCAUUUUUGAAGCGCAUCAUUACUGGGGACGAAAAAUGGGUUGUAUAUAACAAUAUCAAACACAAGAGAUCAUGGAGCAAAAAAGAUGAACCGGCUCAAAACAUUUCCAAAGCCAAUAUCCAUCUAAAAAAGAUUUUACCGGAUAACACAACAAUUAAUUCGGAAGUCUACUGUCAUCAGUUGGACAAACUGAAUGAUGCACUUCAACAGAAAAGGUCAGAAUUAAUCAAUAGAGAAGGUGUAGUGUUCCACCAAGAUAAUUCGAGACCUCAUACAAGUUUGGUCUCUCGCCAAAAGCUUUUACAGCUUGAAUGGGAUACAUUGCAACACCCACCAUAUUCUCCAGCAUCUUAUGAUUAUGGCACCUUAUAUUCUCUGGCACCUUCGGAUUAUUAUUUGUUCCGGUCACUGCAAAAUUUUUUAGACGGUAAAACCUUCACUUCAAAUGAAGAGGUCAAAAACCACCUCGAUUAG